UACCGCGCAUGCGUUAGCUCGAUGUGUACGGAAGUACUGCAGCAGCAUGGUGAACGGUGGAAACUGAAAUGUUAAGACACGUUUUCCUGACAGGACCUCCAGGUGUGGGGAAAACCACUCUGGUCCAGAAAGCCUGCGAGGCUUUAGUGUCAUCAGGAGUGGGAGUUGAGGGUUUUUACACAGAGGAGGUCAGAGAGGGAGGCCGGAGAAUCGGCUUUGAUGUAGUCACAGUGACAGGAGAGAGGGGCCACCUGUCCAGAGUCAGAGACGCUGCCGGGUCAUCCCAUGGCAGACGGGAAUACACAGUUGGGCAGUAUGUGGUUGACUUGCCUUCAUUUGAAAACCUGGCUCUCCCCCUCUUCAGAAAUGUUGGGUCAGCAGAUGGGGGGAACAGGAAGGUGUUUGUCAUUGACGAGAUCGGCAAAAUGGAGCUCUUCAGCCAGUCGUUCAUCAGGGCGGUGAGACAGACUUUAGACAGAUCCUCUUGCACCAUCCUGGGCACCAUCCCCAUCCCCAAGGGUAAACCACUGGGUCUCGUGGAGGAGGUGCGGAGCAGGAGGGAUGUCAAGGUCUUCACUGUGUCAAAGGAAAACAGAAAUGCCAUUCUACAAGACAUUAUAGCAGCACUACAAAACUGUCUACAACAAACAGCCUGAUAAAACCUCCGCAUUUUUGUGCUGACAAGUUUUAUUUGUGUCGGUGCACGUACAGUACACACAGCCAGACUGUUCAGUGAAACUACACACACUUCCUAACUGGGUUUUUGACCUGACCUGAGGGGGCACAGCGAGCUGCUGGAAGAGUUAGUGUGUCACAUGCAUGUAUUUAUGUACUCAAUUCAUUUUUUUCCUUUCUCAUAAAGCCUCAAAAUGGAUUGCAUGCUGAAUAAUUGAUUGUGAGAUGGAGCACAGCGGGGGAAUUGUUCAGUUAGUGUGUAAAUAUCCCGUGCUCUCAGAGUCAGACACUGCUAGUCCUUAAAACAGCUGCGUUUUAUUUUUUUAUUCAGCUGUUGGUCUUACAAAGAUUCCAGCAGGCAGUUCUAAUAUUAAUUCAUUCACGAGGACAAGUGCUGCUAAUUCUUUCAUAACGGGGCAAACAAAGCAGUGCCCCUGUUUAUUCAUUGAGUUCUGUGCUGUGUGAGCCCCCCCCCCUUCUUGUGUUUGUCUAGUCAACCUGAGGAUGUGCUCAUUGAAAAUCAAUCAAUAUUUAACGGUGGAGCUAUGUCCAAUCCUUUCAUGGUUUAUUCAUCCACUAGCAUGAAGGAAGAAAUGGAAAAAUAAACAGUUAUUGUCUCUCAGCAA